AUGGAAGGGUCUCCUGAACCAAAUCCAGUGGGGGGGGAAGUGUCCCGUCGGCUGAACAUUCGGCUGGAUUUUGGCGUGUGCGAGGCUGCGAAACUGUCAGGUCUUGAAGCCACAGCCAAUGGGAUAAUCGGUCCCAAACGACACUCGACCGUGGGUAAUUCCGUGGAGUGUGAGAAGAGAAGGGGGGAGGGGGAGGUAUGGAGCCUCAAGCAGCAGACCACCGCGUCUCUCCACCACCUCCACCGCCUCGUUCUUGUGGGUGGUCUCGCUUCAAAUGAACGCACGCACACACACACAAAAAUUCGGCUCUUCACCACCGAGGCAGACGGAGGCAAGGCGAGACCACCCAAAUCGACGUAUCAGACAGCUGUCGCAGCGGCGUUCAAACCCUCCCGCCACUCUUUUUGUUCGGGAUGGGCUACAGCUCGCCUCGCCCUGGCAACUCUCAAACCGCAUGUUGCAUGCAGCGUGCAUACAGUCGACCGCAAGUGUUAUUCAACCGGUGGACGAGCGACAUUUCGGACAUGGAUAGAGAAUCACGGUUCCCUUUUGAGAUUUCAAGGGAAGUUGUAUCUUGAAGCACCUCCCAGUUUUGAAUUCUCGUUCGUAGAGUUGAAGCUGGAGGUGUCGCCAGUGUUCCACAAAGAUUUAAUCGUGGGCAUGGCCAAAUGGGCGAUUUUGGAGUCUAGACUGGACGUCGUGAAGGCAGAGUGGUUCCAGUUACUUCGAGCGUUUGCGAGAAGGAAUCUCACUAAGGCAGCUGGAAUAGAAUCAGGGGACACAUGCGUCGUCAAAGACAAACACUGCCGGCCGUGGACGUCACUUCAAAAGCCCCAAUUAAUGUUCCAGGGGUCGAACCCAGUGCAUCCUCAGGCCCCACCGGUCAUGGACUAUCCCGUCCCCCCAGAAUCUGUUCACCCCCUAUUCGCAUCUUCCCACCCGCAAGCUGCAGCUCAACCCCACGAGGUGGCCCCCUACUGGGACUGUAAGACGUACACCAGUCUGGAUGCUGCACGGUCCACCUCAUCGCCAUUUCUUCCCUACAACCAGAUCGCGGAGACGCCGCCACCACUGCUCUAUCCCGAGGACGGCUCCAUCGACACCCGGCUUCGAUCGGAGGAGUGUGAAGGUCGGCUAUCGCCCACACCCGGCUACGCCCUCGGAAGAGGGUACGCCGGAUAUGCAACAGGGUAUCCACAGCAGGGUGCAAUGUGCAUGGCUUGCCUGAACGCGGGAUCCCCGUGUGGACUGCACCGAUGCCACCCCCAGCCACCGCUGCCCCCUCCUCAUCGUCUUCCACCGCCACCGCCGCCACCGCCACCUCCUCCUCCACCGGCAUUUCAGGAACUUCGUGGCACGAAGGGAGGCAGUCCUUUUAUGGGACGUCCGCCAAUGGGCACCUUGGUGCCUUCGCAGAUGGUGCCACAUCCUGGUUUGCCCAGCGGGCGUUACAGUCUGGCUUGUUUGAUUGCACGAGAUGGUAUUCUCACUAGAACCACGAAGUCAGCUCAGGUUGCCGUGUUAAUUGGGUCAAUGAGGAGUGAGAUGGAUCUGACGCUACCGUGGCGGACGAGGCGGCAGCAGUUUUGCAUGGCAACAUGAGAGGGAUUGGCCAAUGAGCGUGUCCGACGUAAGGCAGAGGGACCUGUGUCCCUCGAAUGCACUUUUGUUGGUGAAACAACGCUCGUGGACACGGUUGGAAGUUGGCACCGUCGCGAUGGGAGAAAGUGGGGAUUGUGGCUGGAAACCUUCGACACGGUCUCCUCAUCUACCCAUGCUCCCAACCACCCAUUCAAUCGAUCAGCACUCUCUGUUGAGGAAAUCGACCAAGUGUGUACAAGAUGUUAUCAGUCGGGUUUCCACAUCCACAGUGGUGUUCCACGAACACUCGCAGAUAAUCCGUGA